AUGGGUCUUGCUGAUUCAAAAACACAAAAGCAUCUUGAAACAUCAUCUGUCCUUAUGCUUUCAUCGUUGGCCGACCGAUUUUCUGUAACACGUUCACUCGACAACCUUGUUACAGGUCGACGAAUGAUAUGUACAUCAGCAGUAACCGACUCACCUAUCAAUUCAACGACUAUAAAUCAUCGAAAAAAUAAAUCAACUACAAUUGAAAAUUCUCAAGCAACGAAAUCUUGUCAAAAUAUGAAAUGUAUUGUUUCACCUAAACAAACGAUAAAUUCAACAACAAAACAUAUAACACCUGAUUAUUCAGAUAUGGAACGUAAUAAUAUUUAUGCUGAAACACCACCAAAACCUAAACCAAAUUCUUCAUCAUCUAUAUUACCACCAACAUUGGUUAAUGGUACAAAUCAUUAUAUGCCUAUUCUUCAACAACGACGAUCAGCAAAUAUAUCAAAUCAUAAUGAUAAUAAUAUUCGAAAUUUAAAUGGUACAUCAAGUUCAUCAAUGUCAUCAUUUUCAACAGCAACUUGUUCAUCACGAUCUACAACACCAUCAAAUUCAUAUCGUCAUGAUACAACAUCAAUAAUGACACGUUCAGCUGAUGCAUCAUCAUCAUCAUCAUCAUCAUCAUGUGGAUUAAUAACACAAACAAAAAACGGAACACAUAAUAUCAAAUCAAAGUCAACAUAUGAUAUUGAUACGUCAACAAUAGAUCGAUCAAGAAUACAAACAAAAGAUAAUUUGAAUAAUAAUAGUAAAUGUUUAAAUACGAUUACAAAUGGAAAUUUUGUGCCAUUACAAUCUGUCAAAGAAGAUGAAUGUCUUGAAGUUGAUAAUGAUACGAAUAAAAUACGUUCAAAAAAUGACGAUGAACAGCAACGUAUGCUAAUCGACAUACUCAAACAAAAAUAUUCACGACAACAUGUCUCUUCAUCAUCAGCUGUAUCGACACCGAUGAUGCCACGAACGAAUUCACCUCAUCAACGGUCAUCAUCAACUGAUCCAAUUGAAGAUGAAUUAACGACAGGAACCAGAAAUGGUUUUACUCGUGGUCAACGUAUACGUUCAAGCCUUCCAUUCAUUAUAAAGCCUGCAACAAAUAAUUCAAAAUCGAUUUCACUUGGUCUCUGCUUUUUAAUUUGUGGUGACGAAACAAAAAAAGUUCUUUUACCAUCUUAUAUAUCAUGUUUAGACACACUCAAGGCACUUUUUGUUCGGUAA